CGGAAACGCGGCGCGGUGGCUGCUGGGUAAUUUCGCCGACAUACAGGAAGAAAAAGGCGAAGCUCAGUCUGCCCGGAGAGUCUGCUCACUGCACAGCCCCACGGCGGAUUUGACGGCGAUAUAAAACACCAAAUCACUGCUUGACCAGUUUAGCAGGUAUGGCUGAGUUGGCGAGUUUAGUGCAGCGGCUGGAGGUGGCAGUGAGUCGCCUGGAGUCAGUGUCAGGCCAGGGAGGCAGCGCUGGAGGUUCAUCUGGUGGAGCUGUAUCGGCGUACGUCGAGGCCUAUGACGCGAUCCUCAACAGUGCCAUGGCCGAGUACCUUUCCCUCAGCAAGAAGAUCGGGGGCGAUGUCCAGAAACAUGCUGAUAUGAUGGAGCGGGCGUUCAGGGCUCAGAGACAAUUCCUUGCAGUUGCCUCCACCAGCCAGAAGCCCAGCGAUGAUGUGUUGACCAGGCUCCUGCAGCCGACCAGCGAACUGAUCGCUGAAGUGCAGCAGUUCCGCGAGAAGAACCGCAGCUCGCAGCUCUUCAACCACCUCUCCACUGUGAGCGAGAGCGUGCCGGCCCUCGGAUGGGUUGCCAUUGCUCCAAAGCCCGGCCCCUACGUUAAAGAGAUGCAGGACGCCUCCAUGUUCUACAGCAACCGUGUGCUCAAGGAUUACAAGGAAAAGGACAAGACACACGUGGACUGGGUGAAGGCCUAUGUCGCCAUCUGGACUGACAUGCAGAAAUACAUCAAAGAUCACCACACCACUGGACUGGCCUGGAGCAAGACUGGUCCCGUAGCUUCAGGCUCGGCUGCUCCCCCCAAGGCUCCUGCCGGUGGAGCGCCUCCCCCACCUCCCCCUGGACCUCCUCCUCCCCCCAUGGACCUCGGUGGAUCCUCUGGCGGCGGCGAUUCUGGUUCCGACAAUCGUAACGCUUUGUUCGCCGCCAUCAACCAGGGGUCCGCCAUCACCAAGGGCCUGAAGCAUGUGAACGACAGCGAGAAGACUCACAAGAAUCCUAACCUGAGGAAUCAAGGUCCUCAAGUGCGUGCCGGACCGAAACCUUUCGCUUCCCCUGCUGCCCGACCCGCCGCCGCUGCCACCCCGACCCGCACGCUGCCCCCUGUGUUGGAGCUCGAUGGGAAGAAGUGGAAAGUGGAGAACCAAGAGGGAGCGCAGGGCCUGGUCAUCAACGACACUGAGCUGAAACAAGUGGUCUAUGCGUACAAGUGUAACAAGAGCACCCUGCAGGUCAAGGGCAAAAUCAACUCCAUCACUGUAGACAACUGUAAGAAAAUGGGCCUGGUGUUUGACGAUGUCGUGGGCAUCGUAGAGAUCAUCAACUGCAAGGAUGUCAAGGUCCAGGUCAUGGGCAAGGUGCCCACUAUCUCCAUCAACAAGACGGACGGUUGCCACGUCUACCUGAGCAAAGACUCUCUGAGCUGUGAGAUCGUCAGCGCCAAGAGCUCAGAGAUGAACAUCCUGGUACCUGGCAACGACGGAGACUUUACGGAGUGCCCCGUCCCCGAGCAGUUCAAGACCGUCUGGGACGGCAAGAAGCUCGUCACCACAGCAACAGAGAUCGCCGGGUAGACCCGAGCAGCGUGGAAAAAAUGGCCACCCCUCCUCGACACCAUCCCCACCCUUUUUUUGCAAAUGCCUUCCUGACUGAUCCACCAACCCCACCAGCUAACUCUCACACUGUAGACUGAGAUUUGGACCUCAUGCAUUUUAUCUCUCCCUCCCUUCCUCCUUCCGUAUCAGCCAAUCACAGCUUAAGCUGUCCCUUCAAUAAGCCAAUGAGAGGACUGUUCGCUUUUAUCUGGAGCAAAUCCUCCAGCCAAUCAGCAGGGAGCAGCUUGUCAUUCAAAUUGGUUUUCCCUCUGAGCCUGUGAGCACUUUUCAAAAACAUUAGGAGUUUUGCCAAUAGCUGGGAUGCUCUAUAUAUUUUUAAAAUCUAUCUGGAUAAUGCUGAGCUAAAUUUAUUACGUAGAAUAGCCAACACGGGAACAGGGAUAUUGAUUCCUCUGCAACAAAAAAAGCGCAGCAGCCAAUCAGGACGCUUCAGGCUGCUCUUCUCUUCUUUCUCCUCUUCCUGGUCAGGAGGGGCUGGUGUGAUUCCUGAGAGGUUUCUUGUCAAACAGCCCGUUUUUUUUUCAGAGGAUAAAAUCAUCCAUAUCAUCUCUGCUGAUGUUGACUAUAAUAAUAUUAAUAUUCAUAGUGGAUGAUAAUAUGAAAAGCACUCAAAGCACAUAAGAGUAAAAAAAACAAGUUGUGUCACAUCAUGAAACUCUCCAUUUAGGUGAUGUUGGAACAAUUAAAAUGAUCAUUCCAUGUGCUUUCCAUUAAUUCUACACAUAGGACAUUCCCAAGUAUUAAAAACAUUCCAUACAAGGAGGCAUGUAAGGAAAAGUUGGCGAUUAAAGAGCCGAGAGAUGUUCGUACAGACUGAAAGACAGAAUCUUUGUUAGAUGCUUCACCUCCACCUCUAGAUUGGAAACAUCUGUAAACAUCUGUAUAGAUAUGGAUAAUUAAAAACAUUAGCCUGACCACCAUCGUCUCUCCACGAUGAAGCUCUUCGCUGAAUUUCUCUUUUUCAUUGUCUUUCUUUUACCUCUUUCACUUUUUUUUGGGUCCAAAAAUCAGAAUUCUGCUCAUUAGUACUGGAGAUGUCAUUAAAAAAAAUGUUGCAAUAAAAACA